CGUAUAAUACAAAUAUAGAUUAUGUCGACAGAAAUGGAGGUCGUCAGUGUUCUUCAGUACCUCGACAACAAAUCCAUAUUGGUCAUUGGAGCUGCGGGGUUCUUAGCAAAUAUUUUUGUGGAGAAGAUAUUAAGGGUGGCACCAAACGUGAAGAAACUCUAUCUCCUUCUAAGAGCAUCAAAUGAAAAAUCUGCUACUGAGAGGUUUAACGACGAGAUUUUGGGGAAAGAUUUGUACAGAGUGGUGAAGGACAUGUAUGGUCCAAAACUAAAUGAACUUACAUCAGAGAGAGUUACUAUUGUCGGUGGAGACAUUUGCCUUGAAGAUUUAGGUCUUCAAGACUUCGACUUGGCUCAUGAGAUGAUCCACCAAGUCGAUGCCAUUGUUAAUUUAGCUGCAACUACUAAGUUUGAUGAAAGGUACGAUGUAGCACUUGGGAUCAACACAUUUGGUGCUCUGAAUGUCUUGAACUUUGCCAAGAGAUGUACAAAGGUUAAGAUCUGUGUUCAUGUAUCAACAGCUUACGUGUGCGGAGAAAAAUCUGGCCUGAUAAUGGAGACACCGUACCGUAUGGGUGAGACGUUGAAUGGAACCUCCGGUCUAGACAUUAACCAUGAGAAGAAACUGGUUCAGGAAAAACUUGACCAGCUCCAAUCCAUCGGAGCCUCUCCUGAAACCAUCAAACAAGCCAUGAAGGUUCUCGGACUCACCAGGGCAAAGAUGUAUGGAUGGCCAAACACAUAUGUGUUCACAAAGGCAAUGGGGGAGAUGGUGGUAGGGGCAAAAAGAGGGAAUAUAUCACUUGUGCUACUACGUCCUUCAAUUAUUACGAGCACAUUCAAAGAACCAUUCUCUGGUUGGACUGAGGGCGUCAGGACCAUUGAUAGUUUAGCUGUUGGAUAUGGCAAAGGCAAGCUCACGUGCUUUCUUUGUGAUCUUAAUGCUAUUUCCGAUGUGAUGCCCGCAGAUAUGGUAGUAAAUACGAUUCUAGUAUCAAUGGCUGCUCAGGCCGGUAAACAAAAAGAGAUUAUUUACCAUGUGGGUUCUUCACUAAGGAAUCCGUUGAAAAAUGAGACAUUCCCUGAUGUAGCAUACCGAUAUUUCACAACCAAACCUUGGAUCAACAAAGAUGGGAAGGCCGUUAUGGUCAAGAACAUUCAGAUAUUGACUUCUAUCCCUAGUUUCCACAGAUACAUGACCAUGCAUUACUUAAUUUCAUUGAAGGGACUUAAAUUAGCAAACAUGGUACUUUGCAAGUUGUUGGACAAGGAGUUUAAAGAUUUCGAUAGAAAGAUAAAUUUCGUAUUCCGGCUUGUGGAUCUCUAUCAGCCUUACCUCUUUUUCAAUGGCAUAUUCGAUGAUACAAACACAGAAAAUUUGCAAAAAAUGGUGCCAAAGUCGGAAAGCGAGAUGUUCUAUUUCGAUCCAAAGAUGAUCAUUUGGGACGGCUAUUUUCUGAGUACACAUAUUCCAGGGCUUGUUAAGCAUGUCUUCUAAUAAUUAAGUUCAUUCUUUUACAAUCUUUUAUCUUAAUCCCUUAUCAUUACCAACGAGUAUACAUUAUUGUACUUAUUCUUCCUUGAUCCGUUUUCAUUCGGAUAUGUUUC